AUGCAAGUAACUAAGCAAAUUAAAAAAAUAUACUAGCAUCAUAUAGAAAUGGCUAUAAACGGUUCUGGAGUUAGAGAUACGGUAAGAGUACUAAAGGUAGGAAUAAAUACGGUUAUCCGGAGUUUAAAAAAAGUCAAAAGAGCCACGGAUGAUCAUUAGGAAGCAUCGUAUAAUACCCAUCAUAUUUUAACGAAUUAAAAACUGUUAUAAUUGGAAAUUUCCUUUUUCAUUUGA